AUGAUCCUUGACGAUUCUUCCUCAAAAGCUUUGAAGGAAUAUCUCAUUCAACAAUUAGAACCAAUAAGCGACGCAGAACCUGCAGUACUUGCAGAAUAUGUUCUUGCCUUAUUGAAACACGAUGUUUCCAGUCAAGAUCUAAGACAACUCUGUAUAAGCCAACUUGAUGAUUUUUUAAAAGAAGAAACGGAACCUUUCGUCCGCAAACUUUUUAACGAGUUAUUUAAUAAAGAGUAUUUGGGUGAGAGAAUUUCCUCCCCUUCAACAAAUCAUUAUGAGCCGACUCCCAAAAUUCCAUAUUUUACACCGGCUGAAAAGAAAUCUUCCAAAACUUUAACGCAACAGGAAGACAGCAAAGCUGAAGUCGUUUCUCAAAAAACAAAGGUUGGUGAUGCAAAAAAGCGAGCAGAUAGUGAAGCCUCUGAAGAUGAUGACGAUCGAAAUUUCAAACAUCGAGAGCGUGACGGAGAAAAUCGAGAUGAUCAUCGACGUCAUGCUGAACGACAAUCUAGUUUUAGUAGUCGUGAUGAAGAAAGGGAAACAACAAAAAAUAAAAGAAUUCGCGGUGACAGUAUUCCAACUGGACCUGCAGCUGAAUAUAAUAAUAAUUUUCAAGAUGACCGCUCUUCCAAACGUCGUCGAGACGAAUCCGAGGAAGAUUUUCGGUCAAAUAAAAUGCCUCGAAGCAAUAUAAUAGGGCCCAAUAAUCAAAAUAUUAGUAGUGGAACCGGUAAUAAUAGAUUCAAUGGCGGACCUCGGCGCUUAGACUAUGAAAGGAAUAAUCGACCGAGCAAUCGAAAUUUUAUUCCAAUAACACCUAACCCUUCCGUAUCUAAUAUAAGUGGACCUGGUAGAUGGGGCAACGAAUGGGGUGCUAAUGGUAUAAAUGGAUUAGGAGAUCGUUUCGAUGAUAGAAAGAUGCGUGGUGGAAGAAUCAAUGAUCGUGGUAGUGCUCGAGGUAGGCCUUUAGUUGUGAAUCGUGGGGGAUUUCCUGAUAUUAGACCAAAUAGGCAAUCGAGAUUGGACGAUGUUCCUUUAAACCGUCCCUUUGAAAUAAUACCUCCAAUUACUGGCGCACCUUUAGCAGCGAAUGUUGGUAUGAUGGGUGCAGGAAGACCACCUUUCUUCAUGGGUGCAGGAGGUGUACAUAAUCAAUUCGAAAUUGAACCUCCGUUCCAAAACCAGCAAUCUUCUCGCUCAAUGACCCCAAAUGCUGAUGCUUACGAUCCUGAGCGUGCUGCUUUAUCAAGACCAGAAGAUUUAAUAUCACCAGUAACUGGGGAGAAUAAGGACAUUGAAAUUCAAUCGAAUUCCGACAUCUCGAAAGCAAAUUCUAGUCUUUCACUUUCACCUACUACACCAAACACACCCCAUUAUAUUGAGCAGCCUAGCCCACAUUCUACACGAAAUACUCUUUUCAGGGGACGUGCACGUGGUCGUGGUGCUCGUGGGGGUAUCAAUCGUGCUGGAAGUGGAAGUGGCCAAGCCAAUAAAAAUUCAACUUUAGUUGUUGAAAAUAUUCCUGCAGAAAAUUGCACCAUCGAUAAAGUAAAUGAGUUUUUCAAGAAAUUUGGUACCAUUAUCAAUAUCAACGUUGAUCCAUCCUUUCAAAAAGCCAUUAUUCAAUUUAAUACAAGCCAAGAAGCUUCCAAAGCAUAUAACUCUCCGGAACCGAUCUUUGACAAUCGAUUUGUCAAGGUCUAUUGGCACAAAGCAGAUAAGGAAGAACAUCCAGUUACAAAUCCCUUAUUAACAAAGCAAGCGGUUGUUCCUGCAACGAAACAGGAAUUAGCUUCGCAGUCUUCUCCAACUGAAAUUCAAGUUCUCUCCAAAAAAAGAGAGGAGCUAAUUCAGCGCCAAAUAGAAGAACAACAUAAAUUAAUUGAACUUGCCAAGAAAAAAACUGGCGACGCAAAAGGCCGUGAAGAACUUUUUGGCAGCUUGAGCAAAAUUUCCGAAGACAUAAAGAAAGACACGAGUAAUACAGUCAUUAAACCAAUCAUUACUGGAUCAACGCCACUUCUAAGCAGUGGAACCCUUUCUAAAAGUAUUAUGGAGGAAAAAGAACGGGAACGAUUAGAUCGUGAACUUGAUUUGUUAAGUAAAUUAAAUGAAUCUGGUGGCGCUCCUGAUUCCGCUCUCGGUAAGCUAUCCUUGGCUGAUGCUGCACAAGCAAAAUCAGAAUUAGCAAAAGUAGAGGGUGAAUCAACGACAACUAUCGGCAGCACUAAUAAUUUAACUGAUUCAACAUUCUAUAAAUCUCGCGGACGAGGAGGAAUUUUCGGAUAUCGUAGUAGGGCGCGUGGACUUUGGCCUCGCGUGCGUGGCGGAGGAGUCACGCGUUCCUAUAAACUUGAUAAUCGGUCUACUAAAUUAAUCGUGAAAGAAAUACCAAGUGGUUCUCAAGAUACGCUUCGUAGUUAUUUUGAGCAAUUUGGAGAAGUCGAAUCAUUGAACUUUAUCGAGGAAGCUCGAUCGGCGAUAGUCCAAUACAAAAAUAGACAUGAAGCCGAACAGGCCCUUAUUAAAGGGCGCAACAUACCAGACGUUGGUAACGUAUCCAUCAAUUGGCACAUUGAAACAAAUGCAAACGCAAACACAAACACAACCGCGCCAACUUCCGAAUCUAAGAAUACCGCAGUCGAGCGUAAUGCCGAUACUAAUGGUGAUAGUGAAGUGAUGCAAGCUUCAACCUCAGCAACACAAUCUGAUGAUUUGUCAGAAGAUACUGCCUCGGAAUUUUGGUCACAGAAAACUGCUUUAGAAAAGCGAUAUCAAAAAUUUCUUGAUGAAGUAACUCCAUAUACCGGGUAUAGAUGGUUUGGUACCGUCACUCUAGUAAUAUUGUUCGUAAUUCGUAUUUUCACAAUCCAAGGCUUUUAUAUAGUUACUUAUGCACUGGGGAUUUAUCUCCUCAAUUUAUUUCUUGCUUUUUUGCAGCCAAAGUUUGAUCCAUCUCUCGAAUUAGACAUAGCAGAAAGUGAAAUAGAGGAAGGACCAUCACUUCCCACUAAAGCGGACGAAGAAUUUAGGCCAUUUAUUCGACGAUUACCAGAAUUUAAAUUUUGGUAA